CACGUACAGUCGUCUUCAGAGAACAUGUCGCACAUGGACGGUGUCAGCUCUCUCAAUCACCGCUGCAAUAAGAGCGCUCAUUCCGUCCAACUGCGACGUGUUCACUGUGUGUACCUACUACUGAUGAAUUAACUAUCAUGUGUUAUAAAUGAAAAGGUAUAUAAUACUUAACAAGAUCAACAGAAGAAUUUUGAGUAACUGCUAUCUUUCGACAACAAUUCAAUAUUAAUUCACCUGCAAGAUAAUAGCCAUUAUCAGUGUGUGGUUAACGUAUUGGGUGGUAGGUAAGACUGUAUAGUGUAUAGUAUUCGCGGCUAGUAUAGCAAGGUAGUCGGCUUCAUCAAGCAUAGGACUGAAAAAAUACUGAACGAAAACGUAAUAUAGAGAUGAAAGAAGAUCGUGCAACAAACGAACCACAAUUGUGCGUAUAUAGUAUGUGAUAAUUAACGUGAUCAAUAAUUUCUAAGCUCAAGUGUACCGAAACAUAAAAUAACUUGUCAAUUAUAAAUCUUUGAAUGGACCAGUGAAGUGGAUAUACAAAAGAGUAUUAGUGAAAUAUUGGAUAAUCAUGGACUUCACUAAGGAAAAUGUCAACGUCAAUCCGAGGGAUACAGCGAAUCCCCUGUCGGUUCUGAUUUUCGGCUAUACCAUUCCUAUGUUCAAAAAAGGUUACAAGAGAACCUUAGAACCCGAAGAUUUGUAUAAUCCACUAGUAAAAGAUAGGAGCACAUUAUUAGGAGAUAGAUUAGAAAGAAACUGGGAGAAACAAUUAGCGAAAUCGAAAACGACCAAUAAGACACCCAGUUUCUUCAGAGCCCUAGUCGCCACAUUUUGGCCAGAAUAUUCUUACCUUGGCCUAUUGAUAGGGAUCACCAAUGUAGUAAUCAAUAUGGUACAGCCCUUCAUGUUGGGAGGAUUAUUAAAUCACUUCAAACCUGAACCCCAAACGACCAAGCAAGAAGCAUUUUACUACGCAGGUGCUAUAGUGGUGUUGAAUGUUUGCUCUGUAUUGAUAAUGAACCAAUACAUGAUGGGAUGCUUCCAUGUAGGGAUGAAGGUGAGAGCUGCAUGUUGCGCCCUCAUUUACAGGAAAUCCUUGAAAUUGAGUAAAACAUCCCUCGGAGGUAUAGCAUCCGGAAAGAUAGUGAAUCUUCUCUCCAAUGACGUCAGCAGAUUCGACAUAGUCUCGAUGUUCGUUCACCAAAUGUGGGUAGGUCCUGUGUGUUCUCUUAUAGUUAUGGGACUCCUAUACAGAGAAGCUGGUUAUGCCGGCAUCAUAGGAAUAGCUGCCGUAUUUUUGGUAGUGCCAAUACAAUGUGAGAAUUACUUACCACAAUAUAAUAUUGUUAAUUGCAUGCCUGAACUUGAUAUUGCAGCUUAUACCGGGAAAUUAUCAGCUAAGUACAGGAAGCAAACAGCUCUUAAAACAGACGAAAGAGUAAGAUUGAUGGACGAAAUCAUCUCUGGAAUCCAAGUGAUAAAAAUGUACGCCUGGGAAAAACCAUUCGAGAAAAUCGUCAAGAUAGCCAGAAGAGCAGAAAUCAAGAUCAUAACCAAAUCAUCGUACGUGAGGGCCUUAUUUAUGGCUUUCCUUCUGUUCACCACAAGAUUUGCUCUGUUUUGCUCACUUCUCACAUUGGCUUUGUCUGGGCAAGAAAUCACAGCUGCCAAGGUCUUCGUAUUUAUGUCUUACUUCAAUAUCAUUUCCAUGUCCAUGGGCACAAUGUUCGUCAGAGGUAUUUCUGAAAUAGCUGAACUCUCCGUGGCAAUCAAGAGGCUACAAGAUUUCCUCUUGAAUGAGGAAUUUGCCCCGGAAAAAAUGCCGAUGAGCAAUGGAGCCAUCAAGCAUACGGGUGAUUACCAGGAUAUGUUGAGCCUGAGGAAUCUGACAGUCAAAUGGAAUUCUCACAAUUCUGAUACCGCUUUGGAAAACAUCAACCUGAGCAUUCCUGAUGGAAAUUUGGUGGGGAUCAUUGGGCCAGUUGGAAGUGGAAAAAGUUCCCUACUACAAACUAUACUAGGUGAGCUGGAUGUCAUCGAAGGAAAAUCAAUAAUCAACGGAACCAUUUCCUACGCUUCCCAAGAGCCCUGGGUCUUCGCAGCGACCAUCCGUCAAAACAUAAUUUUCGGUCAAGAAUAUGACAAGAAACGUUACCUAGACGUGAUACAAGCAUGCGCUUUAGAGAAAGAUUUCCAGCAAUUCGAGAACGGUGAUUUGACCAUCGUCGGAGACAGAGGAGCAUCGCUCAGUGGAGGUCAGAAAGCUAGGAUCAACUUGGCCAGAGCUGUGUACAGAGAGGCUGAUAUCUACCUACUGGAUGAUCCUCUGUCUGCUGUCGAUAUCCACGUUUCCAAACAUCUAUACGAGGAGUGCAUAAAUGGGUAUUUGGCGAAUAGAACUAGAAUCUUGGUGACCCAUCAGGUUCACUACCUGAAGGAUGCUGACCACAUCAUCAUUCUCAAGAAUGGACGCAUCGAGGAUGAAGGUACAUUCAAUGCUCUAGCUGAUAGUGAAAAUAUGUAUGCCAAACUGUUGACGGCUGAUCCAGAGCAGAACGUUGACAAACAUAGGGAGAUCGCUAGAUUGAAAAGGCAAACGUCGAUGGGAAGUCGAAAAGCUUCCAUUGCCAGCCUCAUGAGUGAGAUAAGCAUAGCAGAAACUCUCUUACCAAACGACAUGGGCAUAGAAAACGACGAAGAAGAACCUCCAGAGGAAAAAAUCAACAUGAAGGAUAUCCAAGAAGCUUCGUCCAAAGGCACUGUAGGCGGGUCCAUUCUCUUCAAGUACCUCUUAGCAGGCACCAACUUCUGCGUGGCUGGUAUUAUCGUGUUACUCUUUAUCUUAGCUCAGAUGGCCGCUAGUGGAGUAGACUAUUUCGUGAGCUUUUGGGUAGACAUCGAAGAAUUCAGAAACGUUUCUAGGGACUCUGUUGACCUGGGAGUAUUCGAAGUUCCUCCAGUAGAAUGGUCAACAGAAACUUGUUUGUAUGUCUACGGCAGUAUCCUGGUUAGUCUUUUCGUCAUUGCUUUGACUAGAACAAUGUUGUUCUACAAGUCGGCUAUGCUUUCUUCUAAGAGGCUACAUGCUAUCAUCUUCAGUAGUGUACAGGCCGCUGCUAUGAGGUUUUUCGAUACAAACCCUGGGGGCAGGAUCCUCAAUAGGUUUUCCAAAGAUAUGGGAUCUAUUGACGAGUUGUUACCAAAGGCUAUAGUUGACUCAGGACAGAUGCUACUGUCCAUUGUAGGAUCUCUCGUACUGAUAGUGGUGGUGAACUCUUAUUUCCUGAUUUUGAUGUCUGUGCUCUUAGUAGUGUUUGGUUUCCUAAGGCGUAUUUACUUGAAGACUUCUAAGGAUUUGAAACGUCUAGAAGGGAUGAUGAGAAGUCCAGUAUUCAAUCAUUUGAGAGCAACCAUAGAGGGUUUGACAACGAUCAGAGCCUUUGGAGCGGAGGCUAUCCUCAGAGAUGAGUUCGAUAAGCAUCAAGAUACCCAUACUAGCGCUUGGUACAUGUUCAUCAUAUCCAGUUCAGCUUUCGGAUUCUAUCUGGACAGUUUUUGUACCGGGUUCAUCGCAUUGAUAACAUUCAGUUUCUUGGUUUUCGAAGACAGUCUCAAGAUGCCAGGAGGCAGUGUAGGACUGGCCAUAACCCAAGCUAUGACCAUGACGGGUCUACUCCAAUGGGGAAUGCGGCAAUCAGCUGAAGUAGCCAAUCAGCUAAUGAGCGUGGAAAGGGUCCUUGAAUACAAGAGUCUUCCGAAAGAGAUCCAGCCAGACGUGCCUCAGACACCACCGAAAAACUGGCCUUCACAAGGAAAGCUAGUUUUCGAAAAUAUGGGACUGAGAUACUUUCCCGAAGGACCUUUGGUUUUGAAGCAGCUGAAUAUUGUCAUCAAUCCAAGAGAGAAGGUAGGUGUGGUGGGUAGAACAGGAGCAGGAAAAUCCUCCCUGAUAUCAGCCCUAUUCAGACUAGCCCCAGUAGAAGGCAGCAUGUCCAUAGAUGAUUUUGAUACAAAAAAUAUCAGCCUGGAAUCCCUCCGAUUGAAGAUAUCGAUCAUCCCCCAAGACCCAGUCCUCUUCUCUGGUACCUUGAGGUACAACCUGGACCCGUUCGAAGAGUACAAAGACGAAACCCUGUACAGAGCGAUACAAGACGUCGAACUCAAUGAUCCUGCGAAUGUGAUCAACAGACUGGAGAAUAGGGUGAUGGAUAGAGGAGCCAAUUACAGCGUGGGUCAGAGACAGCUGAUUUGUCUGGCAAGGGCCAUUCUCAGAAACAACAAGAUCCUGAUGUUGGAUGAGGCCACGGCCAAUGUUGAUCCUCAGACCGAUGCUCUCAUCCAGAAAACCAUUAGGAGGAAAUUCGUGGACUGCACUGUCCUCACUGUGGCCCACAGGUUGAACACCAUCAUGGAUUCCGACAAGGUGUUGGUUAUGGAUGCCGGCACCGUGGCAGAGUUCGAUCACCCCCACAAGCUACUCCAACGGUCCGACAGUGUGUUUUACAAGAUGGUGGCAGAGACUGGACCGGCAACGUCGGAGCAACUCAGGAAAGUCGCUGCUGAUGCUUUCCAGAGGAUAUCUGCGGUGCCAGAAUGAUGCUCCAAAGGAAACGGUGGGGUCAAGUGAUUCGGAUCGAAAAAAGUGUCUUAAGUAAAUGUACUCAACGAUGAAUCAUACUUCAAGUUUGUGCUAUAGGAAGGUAGACUCACGUGAAUGAUAAAUAAAUAAUUGAAGAAUAUUAUAAACUGAAUGGAUUUUUGAACAGUAGUGUAAAUAAUAUGUACAUUUUUUGAACAAUUAUACAAAUAUGUUUCAAUAUAUUAUGUAGUGAGAUUUAUUCUCUAUUUAGUGAGCGAUUUCGAAUUCAUAUCUAAUAACAUUGAAAUAUUUGAAAUUCUUUUAUGAGUAAUGAUUUUUCGUGCAAGUCAUGUUUACACAACAUUUACAUAUAUUGCACAAUCUGGAUACAAUGCGAUCUUGCUGAUAAUAGUUAUCUAAAGAUAAUUAUUUAUAGAGUGACAUAAUGAUUGAAAUACCUUAUACAAUUUGGUCCACUUCACCCUCCCAAUGUAUUUCAUCCGUAUCAUUUAAUCC